AUGAGGGCGGGGCGGGCGCGAUGGCGUGUGCUCGCGGCGCGCUGCCACCCGGGGGCGUCAGAUGGCAGGGGGGCGUCGGCGGAGGAGGCGUGCCGCGCGGUCGACGAGCUGGCCGGCAUGAAAUCGGAGGAGGUGGAGGUGUGCAUCCUGUCACACCCAACUUUGGAGGAACUAGGCUGCAAGCUGAAGGAAUGGAGGCCCCAGUUAGUGUACAUGUUUGGGGGGAUAGAACCAAAUGGUGACCAGCUGAAGGCGUCUCUGAUACCCCUGAGCUUUAAGGGAAGCAACGAACAAGAUGCAAAAGAGGACAACACCAGACCACCGGAAGCCAAAUCCUUCUCCAGUCUGUUUGAUGGAGCUGAUGUCACUGCUCUCUACAUUGAUGCCCCAAUCUCUCAGAAUCAAUUGGAUUUGCUUCAAGUCCAUGACAUUCCCUAUUUAAUUUGUUGGCCGGACCACGCUGCAACAUCAUCAGUGGUAGCAGCCCAGUUCUCCCACACGUUCAUGGCGAUGCUUCGGAGCCCCUCUGCCAGCAUAUGCGAGUCUUUCGCACUGGCAAGCCGGGUGGUGCAGAUGCUGUGCGAGUCGAUCGUUCGUGACAGGCCACAGGUUCGGCUGCUGCCCCAGAUGAUCUCACAAGAGGAACCGAGACUUCCUGACAGCACCAGUGUGCCUACCACAGCCAUUCCAGGUGUUGACUUCUGUGAAGACGGUGUGCCAGAUGUGGAAGGAUGGGAGGACGUACGCCUGCUUGCACCAAAGGCUGAACUGAAGCUCUUGGUGUGUGGGAGCACUGCAGCCAUCGAUGCAAAGCGCCUGAGCUACCUAGGUGAAGCUCUCAGGGCGCUGUUGCUGAUGGAAAUGAGGCUUUUAACGGUGGUCCACAUGGCGCCCUGUGAACGGGUCCCUUCCCACCUGACGAAUGGCUGCACCGCCAUCCGGUGUGACAUCAGCAGUGCAAGCGGUGCCAAUGCUGUUGUGGUCCUUGGCGGCCCACCCGCUGUGCUGUCCAACCAGAUGCUUGUGCAGCAUGCACUGCGGCAGACCCUUGUGGUGGACUCGCUGUGCCUCCAGUUUCGGCUGCCACCACCUGGGGUGCCAGCCCCUGCAGCCAGGAGCUCCUCUGCCAUCGCUGGGGGCACCCCUGUUGUGGACACACAGGUUGUGACAUCUGUGUGGGCCGUGCAAGUCCUGCGGUGCCUGUGCCAGGACUCAGCAUUCAGAGGCUUGGUGUCAAUGGGCAUCGCGGGUGUUGGCGGCUCGGCAGUCACAAAUUUCAAGGCUGGUGACACUGCUCGGUUCAACACACUCGUCACGGGCAUGCAGCCAGAAUCGGGUGGCAGUGGCAUCUUGUGUUCGGCCCAGGACCCUUCCGUUCAGGGCAGCAUAGCCUCCUUCAAUGGCAGUCCUGCCCCACCAGGGCCGCUCUCAGCCAUGCAACCAGCCCAGGGAGAGGCCGCUUCGCCGAUGGAGGUGGAUGGGGCUGACGGAGGUACAGGACUCGCGGAGGACCCCAAUGCUGAUAUUGAGGGCAAUGGUGUUGGGUGGACGAGGAAACAGACCAACACUGUGAACAAGCCAAGCAUCAGUGGGAAGAGCUACAAAUCAAACAGACCGUCGCUUGAUCAGUGCACAGAGCAGGACUUUCUGGGUGACCUCAUAGCCUUCUUGCAGGAACGAAGAGGGAAAGUCAUCGACCUUGAAAAGUUCCCAGAGGCAGUGCUGAAUGGUGUCAAAUUGGACUUGUUUAACCUAUACAGAGAGGUGUGCUCAAGGGGGGGCUUCAGGGUCGGCAAUGGCAUCAAUUGGAAGGGGCAGGUGUUCCCCCAGAUGAGAAACUGGACGGAGCAUCACAGAAUGACCGGCGUUGGAAACGCCCUGAAAAGGCAUUAUCAGACUUACCUGUGGGAGUACGAACAGGUUCACCCUGAGGACGUCAUCGGCGACAGGUGCUCAAUAUGCGGUGGUGGGGAUGAGGUGGGGACGGAUUGGAUAUGUUGCGAUGGGUGCCAGAGGUGGGCUCAUUUUGGGUGCGACCAGAGGGACAACAUGGGCACCUUCAAGGACUAUGCGACAGGGGAGGGCAGGAACUUCUACUGCCCUCGCUGCCACGAGCGUGGUUCGUGA